UCUGCAGCAUACUUCACACUGGUUAUACCCAGUUAACCUAUUCUCACUGUAUUACAUUUUUUAAUUAAAAAAAGUGAACGUUUUUUAUUGAAAAAUGGAACCGUACGAUGUAAUUGUUAAUCAACCUGUCGUUAUUGAUAACGGUUCUGGAGUAGUUAAAGCCGGUUUCGCUGGUGAUCAAAUUCCAAAAUGUAGAUUUCCUAAUUACAUUGGAAGGCCAAAACAUGUACGUGUAAUGGCGGGUGCUUUAGAGGGAGAUUUAUUUGUGGGACCGAUUGCAGAAGAACAUCGUGGCCUUCUUUCACUACGUUAUCCUAUGGAACAUGGAAUUGUCACUGAUUGGAAUGAUAUGGAAAGAAUUUGGACAUAUGUUUAUAGUAAAGAUCAAUUAGCAACAUUCAGUGAAGAGCAUCCAGUUCUAUUGACUGAAGCUCCGCUUAAUCCUAGAAAAAAUCGUGAAAAAGCAGCUGAAAUAUUUUUCGAAUCUUUUAAUGUUCCUGCUCUAUUUGUCUCAAUGCAAGCUGUACUUAGUUUAUAUGCAACUGGAAGAACGACAGGAGUUGUUUUGGAUUCAGGUGACGGUGUCACUCAUGCAGUACCAAUUUAUGAAGGUUUCGCGAUGCCUCAUAGUAUAAUGAGGGUAGACAUAGCAGGUCGUGAUGUUACAAGGUACCUAAGGCUAUUACUCCGAAAAGAAGGGAUCAAUUUCAAGACAUCGGCAGAAUUUGAAAUUGUUAAAACAAUUAAGGAAAGAUGUUGUUACUUGUCGACCAAUCCUCAAAAAGAGGAAACUAAUGAAACUGAAAAGUUUCACUAUGUGUUACCAGACGGAAGUCAUUUAGAGAUUGGACCAGCUAGGUUUAGAGCACCUGAAGUGCUUUUCAGACCAGAUCUAAUAGGAGAAGAAUGUGAAGGUCUUCACGAAGUUCUCAACUAUUCUAUUCAAAAGUCUGAUUUAGAUUUAAGAAAAGUGCUAUUCCAAAAUAUUGUUCUAUCAGGUGGAUCCACUUUACAUCGGGGAUUCGGAGAUAGAUUACUUGCUGAAAUUCGUAAAAUGGCGCCUAAAGACAUUAAAAUUAGGGUGAGUAUUAAGAAAAUUAAUUCUUUUUACGAAAAAAUUAAAAUUAAAUUAAAUUUCCAGAUAUCUGCUCCACAAGAACGUUUAUACAGUACUUGGAUAGGUGGAUCAAUUUUGGCUUCUUUGGAUACUUUCAAAAAAAUGUGGUGUAGUAAACGAGAAUAUGAAGAUGAUGGAGUCAAAGCAAUUCACCGUAAAACUUUCUGAAUAUUAUUUCAAGUAAUACGAUAUGAGAUCAUUCUAAAAGUAAUACGAAAAUUCUGCACAAUUGUCGCACUUGUCGCGUUGAUUUUAAUGUCAAAUUAAGAACUUUUUUUUUUUUUUAACAGCGCGAAGAACAAUUCUUCCGGAGCCUUAGCUUUUAAUUUUAAAUUUGCGCAUAUUUUUUACAAUAUAUAUAUAUAUACUAAUUUAUAAACAUGAGUAUUGAAGAACAUUGUGACUAGUAAAGGGAAGAAUAGAAGAUAUAAUAUUUAAGGCAACUUUAACUCAGUUUUAUACGUCACUGUUUAAUUAAGUGUAAUAUAUAAUAGAGGAUUAUUUCAAAACAAAAGUAUGCUUCACAGAAUCAAUUUAUAGAAAUGGAAAACAAUUUCUUUUUUUUUUUUUAUUGGAAUUUUAUAUAUCUUUUUAAAACUGUGAUAAGCAAGAACAAAAAGCAUAAUUAUGAAAGAAUUAUGUCUUUGAUGGUAAUUUUUCAAUACUAACAAUUUUUGCUUUGAAAUAAUAAUUGACAUAUUGAAGGGAAACCAAGAGCCUUGCUUGAUAAUGUUUCUACUCUUGAACUCAAGCCGAAUUUUUAUCGCACUUUAUUAAAAAAAAAAGAGAAAAAUUUUGUUUUUUUUGAUCAAGUGCAAUGUUUAUUGAAUGAGAUGGCACUGAAUUUUAGAAAAAUGAAAUUUGUAAAAGAUAUUUAUCAAUUAUUAUUAUACACGUAUUAUAUAAAAAUAUUAAUGCUUCGGUAAAAUUCUCAUUCCUUAGUUAUUUAUAUACAAAUUUAAAAAAAAAAACAAAGACUUAAGAUUUUAAAUGUUUUGCAAUUGACGGAAAUAUAUUAGGUAAAAUACACUAUUGUAUAAUACCUUGAAUUUGUAUUUAAGUAUCCCUCUGAUGCAAGAAAUAAUGUAUUUCGUGUAUGAAAAAAAAUCUUUAUUAUAUAUAGUAUUUCGUA